AUGGAUAAGCAAAAUCACACCACAGUGACAGAGUUUAUUCUCUUGGGACUGACAGAUCACCCAACACUGCAGGUUCCCCUCUUCAUUGUGUUCCUCAUGGUCUAUAUUGCUACUUUGAUGGGAAACCUGGGAAUGAUCUUGUUGGUGAGAGCUGAAGCCCGUCUGCGCACCCCCAUGUACUUCUUCCUUAGCCAUUUAUCCCUUGUUGACAUUUGCUAUUCAUCAUCCAUCGUGCCCAAGAUGUUGGUCAACUUCUUGUCUGAAACAAAAGCCAGUUCCUUCUUUAGCUGCGCCACACAGAUGUUUCUUUUUGUCCAUUUUGUUGUCACAGAGUCUUUUCUACUGGCYGUGAUGGCUUAUGAUCGUUAUGUAGCCAUCUGUAACCCACUUCUUUACAUGCUUGUUAUGUCCAGAAAACUCUGUAUUUGUUUGGUAGCUGGAUCCUAUAUAUGUGGUAUCAUAUGCUCCCUGACACACACUUAUUCCACCUUUCAGUUAUCCUUCUGUGGCCCUAACACCGUUAACCAUUUUUUCUGUGAUGUUUCUCCAGUGUUAGCCCUUGCCUGUUCUGACACACAUAUCAAUGAAGUGCUGCUUCUCAGCUUUGCUACCUUCGUGGAAACCAGCACAAUCAUAAUCAUCCUCACCUCUUACACUAUCGUCAUCCUGGCUGUGCUGAGGAUCCACUCUAAAGCAGGAAAGUACAAAGCCUUCUCUACAUGUGCCUCCCAUUUAACAGUUAUCACUCUAUUCCAUGCGACCAUCCUUUUCAUGUACUGCCGUCCCAGCCAUCCCUCCUCUAUGGACACAGACAAAUUUGCCUCUGUCUUUUACACAGUGGUGAUCCCUAUGCUAAACCCCCUCAUCUACAGCUUCAGGAACAGGGAGGUGAAGGAUGCUUUGGGAAGGGUCAUGGAGAGAAAAACUUCUUCCUGA